UCUGCCUAAUAGUCUAAUGCAUUUAAGUAUUUGUUAACUGAAUAAAGAAAUGCAUGUCCCACUAGGUGAACUACUACGACACACAGUUGUUUGACAAUAAAAUAGGGGUGCCCUGUGAAAUAAAACCCCUGUUUAGUUAUUUUGUUGCCCCAAGUAGACUAUACAGUUUCAAGUGGUUCAGUUUGUUUACUGAAGUUGGGCUGCAGUGUCGUGAUGAUCUCAAAAGCCUUGAUUCCAGCUUUGCCAUUAAAAUGAGGAAUUAUAAAUAGGCUUCUACAGCAUGAUAGUGGUUUAAAAUGUCACAUAUGUUAUUAAUCAUAUGUAAAAAAUAUUUUUUAAUGAAGAAACAACUUUUGUGAAAUUUUAAGUGAUGACGUAGCAGCAAGCGAAGUUCAGACCAUGAGCGAGGUGAAGAUGAGUAGCAGCUUUGCUUUCAGUUCAGUGUAAAAGUAUACUAAAACGAUACAGAUAGUGUCAGUGUAUUCGCGAAUAUUUGGCUGUCUUAAAUGUAAUGCCUAGUCUAUAUGUUACUAGAAAUUAGAGAACCUUUAAUUAAAGAAGUUAUUAGUUAUAACAGUGGUGAGUUUGCAAAGAGCGAGUUGCUGCUUUCUGCUGGAACAGCGACGAGUUUCAGCCUCGGAGAACCAGGAGCGAGACGAAGAUAGUCGCUGGCAGAUCCCCGAUCUUGCUUUGGAAUAUGCUCAGUUUAACCAAGUCUUAUAUUUCUAAAACCUCGGAUCCAUGGUGAGGAGAAAAAAGACACCAUCUGCUCCCGAAGAACAUCAAAAUGGGAUGACAGUGAAACAGGGGGAUGGCAGUGGGGAUGAAGGGGUGAAGAAAUUGAGCCGAAAGCUUGAAGGUUGCGAGGAAGAGGAGAGCGGAGACCAGGGGAGUGAAGAGAGCAAUACAAAGAAAAACGGAGAUGAAAUUCCUAAUCUAUCAUCUACUGGUUCCUCAAGUUCGGCUCCAAUACCCUCGACUUCUUCAUCGAACCCACUGGGACCUAACGUUAGUUCGACCCAAGAUACAUCCACACCUGUCCCUCAAAGCCAGGAUCAGCACCAUUUCCUAAGGUCCAGCGUACGACCUCCUAGCAAACGGCUGCGGAAGGAUCCCAUUGCUUCAGCUAUCAAUGGUCACAGCGGUGUCAAGGGGAAAGGUGCGGAGAAUGGGGCUUCUGUGCCGGUGGGGUGCGCCCAAUCAGCUUCCCCGGGUGGGUCGAGCGGCGGGGCCUCAAAGUCGGGGCCCCGGAGCCUGGGGGCCAGCGACAAGGACGAGGCGGGCAGCAGCCAGAAGAAAGUGCGCAGGCAGUGGGAGUCCUGGAGCACGGAGGACAAGAACACCUUCUUCCAGGGCCUGUAUGAGCACGGCAAGGAUUUUGAAGCCAUCCAGAACAACAUUGCACUGAAGUAUAAGAAGAAGGGCAAGCCGGCCAGCAUGGUGAAGAACAAGGAGCAGGUGCGGCACUUCUACUACCGCACGUGGCACAAGAUCUCCAAGUACAUCGACUUCAGCAACGGUGAGCCUGCUCUGACCUCGCUGCCCACAUACCACGCACGCUUUGCAUGCUCGUCUCAUUGUGUUUGUUUAAGGUCUUGGGGGAGAAAUGCAUAUCGCAAAAACUGCAGGAAUUCUGAAGCUUUCUUGUGUUUCUGUAAAUCGGCCACCAUCCAGCCUCAUGAAGUUUGGAGAACCUUUUUUCAAGGAGCAAUAAUGAGCUGCGUUGUAUAUGACGCUGAAACUGCUGUGGCUCCGCCUCCCUCAUUGGUGGGGGUGGUCUCUGAAUCUUGUCACGGGGGUGUUCUUCACUGUUUGCGCGUUGUGUUUUCUCUCACAGUAAUGGACGACAAGAACGUGGCCAAGCUCAACGAGCUCAUUCAGCACGGGGCUACCACGGUGCGCUCCAAGGGCAGGAACCUGCGGAUCAAAGUGCCCAUGUGUCGAGCGCUUAAGAAACUUUGCGAUCCUGAUGGUGUCAGCGAUGAGGAGGACCAGAAGCCUGUGCGGUUGCCCCUCAAGGUGCCCAUGGAGCUGCAGCCUCGCAGUAACCACUCCUGGGCUCGAGUCCAGAGCCUGGCACACAACCCCAGGCUCAGGAUGAUGGUAGAGCUGCACAGGAAGGUGUCCAGCCUGAUCGAGUUCCUCAAGCAGAAAUGGGCCAUCCAAGACCACAGAAUUUGGAAGAGCCUGGAGGAGCGGGACGCCCUGGAGGCUCAGCAGCACUCCCCCUGGGGGCGGGGGCGGGAGCAGGAGGAGCUCUUCCUGUACCCGGCCGAGAGCAGCACGCUGACGCCGCUGCCGGGCGUGGCCCGCGUGGUGCACUCCAAGGCCUUCUGCACCGUGCACUGGCUGGAGAGCGGGAAGUGCCGGGCCGGGGGCAGGGACCUGCCCGCCGCCCACAUCCUGGGCAUCCAGGCGGCCCCCAGGGGCCCCGGGAGGCAGGGCCGCGCGGGUGGGGCCGGGGGCGAGGCGCGGCGGGCCGAGAGUGCGGUCGCCGAGGCGACGGACGAGGCUGUGACGGGAGGGGCGGCGGACGACAAAACGCGGGGCCCCUCGAGCCAGCCGCAGAACAGCCCCACGCCUCCCCACCCCCCACGCGCCCCCGCACAGAAGGAGGGGACCCCGCCGGGCCCUGCGGUGGCUCCUCCCCCGCUGCUGGAGAGCAGGAGGAGCCCGGGGGAGGGGCCCGUCUCCGGGGAGACCGGAGGCGACCAGGGGACGGGCGACGCGUCGGGGCAGAGCCUUGCCCCACCGGCGCGGGAGGGGCCGUGCGCCGAGUUCACUUCGUCCCCCAGAAAAGACUCGGCCGACUCUCUCGGGGACGGCGGGGGGGGCGCGCGCUGCGCGGAGGACAGGACCGAAGGGACGGGCCUGUCCCCAGAGGGGCCUACCGCCGCUGGAGGUUCCCCUCCUCCCCUGCAGCCGGCGGGGGGGGACGCCUGCACUAAAGAAGACCAGGCCCCCGAGGAGGGGCGGAGCGGCAGGAGGGCCGCUGGGAAGGAGGACGCGGGCGGGGCCGGGGGGGCGGGCGGGGCGGGCGGGAGGCCCCCGCAGCAGAUCCGGGAGGAGGGCUGGUGCACGCGCAGCACGGAGAACGUCACGCUGGCCGAGCUCUACCUCAUGCUGGGCAAGCCGGGGAAGCUGCAGCUGGAGUACGAGUGGCUGCCCGUGUCCUGCGACGACGGCCAGCCGCACCCCAGCCCCAGCCCCCGGCCCCGGCCCCGCCCCGCCACCCACCGCGUCCUGCGCUGCCUGCUGCGGCUCGUCUCCUCCGAGGUCAACCCCAAACCCGCCACAGAGCUGUGCUCCUCCGCCACCUCGCCGCUGAAGCCCGGGCUGGAGGACCAGUCCGGCACCCCGCCAGGGAAGGGCAUGGCGCUGGGGGUGCGCAGUCCCAGCUGCGGGCGCCACCAGGCCUCCGUCCGGGGGGGCGUGCGGAACCUCCCCCGCUCGCUGCUGGCCCCGGGGGCCUCGGGGGACGCGGACAGCAGCCUCUUCGCCGUCCCCACCACGCUGCCGCCCAACAGCCGCCACGGGAAGAUGUUCUCCCCCAACAAGGAGGCGGAGCUGGCCUUCCGCCAGCAGCUGCACUCCUUCAGCAUGCAGUCCGACCUUUUCCUCCCCAAACAGAGAAAGUUCCGGAACCGUCACCUACGGAAGCCUCUCGUGGUGCAGAGAACCCUGCUCCCUCGAACCACCGGGGACGCCUCCCAGCACGUCUGCUCCUUCUCCAUCCUCUCCAACUCCUCCAUCACAGGUACCGGAUCUUUCCGGCCCAUCCAGCCCUCCCUGCAGGCCGCCCCCCGCCCCGCCCUCCCCAAAGCCGUUCCCCAGAGCUCCGCCACAUCCAGCCAGCUCUCCAGUACCAUCGACCUGGCCGCCAAGUCGGCGGGCAUCAUUCCGGGCAGCCCGUCCCACGAGCCGGAGGGCCCCGGCGCGGUCGGCCUCCUCCUGGCUCCGGACGCGGCGGCGCUGCCGGAGCCGAAGAGGGACCUCCUCCCCCAGACCCCGGCCGCCAUCGUCCCCGCCGAGGCCGCUUUGGACAACGGGCUGUCUCCCCUGUCUCCUGCGGGAGACGCAGACACCCUCCUGUCCCCCCCCAGCGUGGCCUCCCUGCUGGACAUCUCCCUCCCCGGCCCGCCCGAGGAGGUGCUGUCCCAGGGCGAGGCCGCCUCCCACAUCAGCGACUCCAUUAUCGAGCUGGCCAUCAACUCCGCACAUUACGGCGACAGCUCCUCCCUCUCCCCCGCCAAGCUGAAUGGGGGCGACGUGUCCCGCAGCCUCCCCUCCCCCGCCUGCAGUCCUCAGAGGAGCUGGAUCGCCUCUCCCUCUCACGACCCGCAGUGGUACCCCAACGAGUCCAGCGACUCCACGCUCAGCUGCCUGCUCUCGAGCCUUAUCUCCCCGGAAAAGGGGCGGAAGAUGCUGACCCCCUCGGGCCCCUCCAGCGGGACGUCCCUGCUGGGCCCCAGCCUCCUGGACAGCAGCUCCAGGGACUCCUUCCACUCCCGCGGGCUGCCCGACGUCGGAGAGGUGGACUCCCAGCUGGCGUGCAUGAUGAGCGAGAGCAGCGUGGACUACAUCGCCCGCUUCAACGACCUGGCGCAGGAGCUGUCCGUCAGCGAGCCGCCGCCCCCGCCCCCGGGCCCGAGCGGCAGCGGCUGAGGGAGGAGCGGGGCGGCGGUGGGGAGCACUCGCCGUUUCACAGCGCGGACCCCCGGGGGGCCGGGACCCGUGUGUAGAGGAAGACCUCGGCGGCGUUGCGUCGGAACUGGCCUGAGAGCGCGCGGCAGAGGGCUAACGCGACGCGGCGCAACGAGAAGCCGACGCCGAACGGCUCGGGGUCGUGGGGGGGAGGGCGUCCGUCCCGGUCGUUCGAGUGCCCCUGCGCUUGGAACGGAUCCGAUCGCUGAGUCUGAAUGGGCUGGGUGCGGGACCUUCCCUGGUCAGCGGUUCUCCGGUCUGUUCUGCUCGCGUGCGAGACUGCAAAGCCAGUCAUCAGCCUGCCCUCUCCCGGAGACCCCUCCAGAAAAUCUCAACUGAAAGUUGUUUACAAAACGAAACUUUAUUACUACUUUAUUUUUUUUUAGUUGCAUCUGCACUGUCUCACUUGGCAGCCCCGGGCGUGCUCACAGGGCACCUGCCAUUUUGCCACUCCCGAGAGACUUGUCUUCUCUUGGUCUCUCGUUUUUGACAUUUCUAAAUAAAAUUCAACAAAUUCCAUCUAGAAUUUGUUCUGUCCACGAAUUCCACCCAACAGUAUGAAGUUAAGGUGCGUACAGAUAGGUGUUUUGCUGACGGGAAGGAUUCUUACUGGAAAUCCUUGAGUGUGGUCAGGGAGGGUUUUUGGUGUUCAUCCCUUUAACUGAAGAGAUUAGUAUACAGUGAUGCAGUCACAGAUGCAUUUCCGUUUACCACUAGAAAUGUUCACUAUGUAGAAUGCUAUGGGGUAAAUAGUGGACAUGUAAUGCCGGUCAUCGAGACGCCCUGUUUGUUCCGACACGGUUAUUUUUGUGUCUGACAUUCGACAGCACUACAGCAGUUUGUGUAUGUAGUCUCAUGUGAAUAAAUGUUUUAUUCUUGUGGGUUUGUGCAUCACAACAUUAACGGUUGUAUGUAUAUAUAUAUAUAUAUAUAUAUAAAAAUAAUUGUGAAUACAGAAAAGCCAUAUAAGAAUAACUGGUUUAAACUUUCAUGCGGAGUGUGUUGCUUUUCUAUCUUCUGUUUUCAGAUGUUUCCUUGACUCUUAGGAACCAUAAAAGACAGAAACUAAAAGUGAAUAUUAACAUGUGUUUUCCCUCAGUUCUAUGAAUGGAAAGCUUGAGUGGUGCUUAAAGUAGAAAUUAGAGGAAUAUGCCAGAUAGGCGUAUUCUCUAGCAUGUGCUGUCUCCGUCUCACCAGUUCAAUACGGUGUCUCCAACAGCAACGACAUUCUUACAAAAAAAAAAAAAGGUCACUCACUGGUCAUGCCUGGCAACCUGCAGAUCUGCUGGUUUGUCACUGUUCCUGCAGAAAUUACCAGAUGUUCAGUUGACUGGUUGUUCUUGCAGCUGCAUUUAUUGCCAGGCACGAAAGAAGUCUCCUGUUUAAAUUGUUAGCAAAGUCAUCUUUUGAGAAAUAUACUUGAUUACUUUCAAGUUUUUUCCUCGAAGGUGAUGUACUACAUAUAUUCAGUAUCGUAACUUUGAUAUGACUGAAUAUGUACAGGGAAUCACUAGAUGAGGCAAAACACUCAUGAACCUGACCAGUAGGCUAAUCUAUUCAUCUAGUCUGGACUCUUUUCAAAGAUUACCUGCGUGAAUGGAUUUGCUUAGUGUAUUAACAGAAAAACAAAUUGCAACCCAAGAAUGCUUGUGCUGCUACAGAAGUGUUAAAUGUUUGUUGAUCAAAUAACAUUUUAGUUCCGUUUGGGGGAAUUUUGAAUCUUCUAUGUAUAUACAUCCUACUUUCUACAACUUGUAAAAUUUCAUAGUGUUUUCACUAUUUGCUUCUGCUUUUUCCCAUAUGAACUCACACACUUUGUACUUUAAAACUGGAUUUGAUAUCUGGGGUAUUUCCUUAUAAAGUUAAGUAUGUGGACUCUGUGAUGGUAAGAGCUAUUUGGGGUCCUUGUUAACAAAAUUCCCAAAUGUUCUGAUCUUGUCUAAAAUAUUGUACAUUACUUCGCUAUUUAUUGUUAACAAUUGCAAAGGGGUUUGGGGUUUUUAAUUUUCAAUGAAAAGGCUGUUAAGCUAAGAGUUUCCUGUUUGUAAAAUAUGUUUUUAUGCUUGUGCUUCUAAAUACAGCUUAGGAAAAAUGUUUUUCUGUUUGUCAUCAGGAUCAUGGUUGGGUAGAUUUUAUUUUUAAUGAAAUUCAGGACAAUGUGUACACUCCAUGACUUGUGCUACCAUUUUAUGUUCCAGGAGAAGGCUCAGCAUAUUUUCAAUAUGUUUAUUGACACAACAGGAAUGGGUGAAUAAUAAAAAAAAACUAUCUUAUCAUACUGAAAAUA